GGCCACUAUCCCAUCCAUCUUCACCCUGCAAGCUACAUCAGGCUUUAUCCUACGUGUUCCUUUGGCAAACCAGGUUCACUUAAUCUUGCAAAAAGAUGACAGAUCUCUUGAGAAGUGUUGUCACCGUCAUUGAUAUUUUCUACAAAUACACCAAGGAAGAUGGAGAGUGUGGCACACUAAGCAAGAAUGAGCUAAAGGAACUUCUGGAGAAAGAAUUUCGACCAAUUCUGAAGAACCCAGAUGAUCCAGACACAGUGGAUGUCAUCAUGCACAUGCUGGAUCAAGAUCACAACCGAAGACUGGACUUCACUGAGUUUCUUCUCAUGGUAUUCAAGCUGGCUAUGGCUUGCAACAAGGUUCUCAGUAAACAAUACUGCAAAGCUUCAGGGUCAAAGAAGCAUAGGCAUGGUCACCAAUGCCAAGAGGAAGAAAAUGAAACAGAAGAGGAAGAGGAGGAGACACCAGAACAGAAAUCAGGUUACAGACAUCCAAGUUGGAGUGAGAGAGAGGAACACGGACAUAGUUCUGGGGGUUCGAGGGGAACUGUGAAACACAGACAUGGGUCCAACUCCUGGAGGUUGAGAAGGCAGGACGAUUUAUGCAGUUCAAGGAACCUAAAGGGAUCUGAGAAAAGGCGCCAUGGGUCUAGCUCUGGUUAUUCAUGGAGUAGCAGUGAAGAAAGACAUGGUUCCAGCUCUGGGGAAAUGGGAGAAAGAAGAAACAAGUCAUACGUUAGCACCUCUAGGGAAUCUGGGAAGGAAUAUGAAUCUGGAUAUGGGUCAAAGAGUCAGGGGAAGAAAGGUCAUGGUGGUCUGUCACAUGGAUUGGAGACAAGUGAGCAUGAAUCAAACUCUUCUCAGCUAAAAAAGAGCAGAGAAGAAAAACUUGGGUCUAUCUCAGGAGGUUCAGGAGACUGUAAGAGGCAAAGUCAUGCAUGUGGCUCCAGCAAUUCAGGUGGGUGUGGAAGGUCACAAAAUGCUUCUACUUCUUAUCAUGCAAGUAGAUCUGGAGGGCAACAGUCAUGCUGUCAAUCAGGAAGUAGUGGAGGACAAGGUCAUAGAUGUGUCUCAGGAGGGCAGUCAUCUGGAUAUUGCCAUCCUGAAUCUAGCUCUUGUAGCCAGUCUUCUAGCCAGAGAGGAUGUGGAUCUAGAAAAUGUGGUCAAUCACAGAACUGUGGCACACAACAGAGAAGAGGCUCAAGUCAGCCCUCUUGCUGUAGACAACAUGGGUUUGGAGCCAGUCAGUCUUCCAGUUCUAGUCAAUAUGGAUCUGGUUCACGUGGCUAUACUUCAAACUGUCAUCAAAGAGGGUCUGGAUCAAGUGAAUAUUCCAAUUGUAGUCAACAUGAGUUCAGUUCAGGUCAGACCUGUAGCCAUGAAAAACAUGGAAGAGGCCAACAUGGAUCUGGUUCAGGUCAGUCUUGCUGUAGCCAACAUAGCUCAGGUUCAAGUCAAUCCUCUGCCUGUGGCAGGCACAGGUCUGGCUCAGGUCAGUCCUCAGGCUUUGGAGAGCACGGGUCUGGAUCAGGGCAGUCCUCUGGCUUUGGCCAGCACAGGUCUGGGUCAGCUCAGUCCUCUGGCUUUGGCCAGCAUGGCUCUGGCCCAGGUCAGUCCUCAGGCUUCGGCCAGCACGGGUCUGGCUCAGGUCAGUCCUCUGGCUUCGGCCAGCAUGGGUCUGGCUCAGGUCAGUCCUCUGGCUCAGGCCAGCAUGGGUCUGGCCCAGGUCAGUCCUCUGGCUUUGGACAGCACGGGUCUGGAUCAGGUCAGUCCUCUGGCUCAGGGCAGCACGGGUCUGGCCCAGGUCAGUCCUCUGGCUUUGGACAGCACGAGUCUGGCCCAGGUCAGUCCUCUGGCUCAGGCCAGCACGGGUCUGGGUCAGGUCAGUCCUCAGGCUUUGGACAGCACGGGUCUGCGUCAGGUCAGUCCUCUGGAUUUGGCCACCAUGGGUCUGGGUCAGGUCAGUCUUCUGGCUUUGGCCAGCAUGGGUCUGGCUCAGGUCAGUACUCUAGCUCAGGCCAGCAUGGGUCUGGCCCAGGUCAGUCCUCUGGCUUUGGACAGCAAGGGUCUGGAUCAGGUCAGUACUCUGGCUCAGGCCAGCACGGGUCUGGCCCAGGUCAGUCCUCAGGCUUUGGACAGCAUGGGUCUGGCUCAGGGCAGUCCUCUGGCUUUGCACGGGUCUGGAUCCUCAGGUCAGGGGACACAAAGAACGACACAACAGCAGUCAAGAGAUACCUCUAG